UAAAAUAAAAUUCAAAAAAAAAUGGCAGGGACUUCCAUGGUGGCGCAGUGGUUAAGAAUCCACCUGCCAAUGCAGGGGACACGGGUUCGAUCCCUGGUCCCGGAAGAUCCCAUAUGCCGCGAGCGACAAAGCCCAUGCGCCACAACUACUGAGCCUGCGCUCUAGAGCCUGCGAGAGCCACACCUACUGAGCCCACGUACUAGAGCCCAUGCUCCGCAAAAAGAGAAGCCACUGCAAUGAGAAGCCCGCGCACCACAACAGAGAGUAGACCCCGCUCACCGCAACUAGAGAAAGCCCGAGCGCAGCAACGAAGACUCAACACAGCCAGAAAACCAAAAAGGCACAAAAUUCUUAGAAGUUAUGUAUAUGUGCCAUACAAAUUAUAUUCCCAUCUGUGGAUCAAAUGGGGACACGUACCAAAAUGAAUGCUUUCUCAGAAGGGCUGCUUGUAAGCACCAGGAAGAGAUAAUAGUAGUAGCAAGGGGACCAUGCUACUCUGAUAAUGGCUCUGGAUCUGGAGAGAGAGAAGAGGAAGGGGCAGGGAGAGUUGUUCACAGAAAACACUCCAAGUGUGGACCUUGCAGAUAUAAAGCUGAGUGUGAUGAAGAUGCAGAGAAUGUUGGGUGUGUAUGUAAUAUAGAGUGCAGUGGAUACAGUUUUAAUCCUGUGUCUGCUUCUGAUGGGAGUUCCUAUAACAAUCCCUGUUUUGUUCGAGAAGCAUCUUAUAUAAAACAAGAACAAAUUGAUAUAAGACAUCUUGGUCAUUGCACAGACACAGAUGACACUAGUUUGUUGGGAAAGAAAAGUGACGGACUACAAUAUCAACCAGAUGUGAAAGAUGCUAGUGAUCAAAGGGAAGAUGUUUAUAUUGGAAACCACAUGCUUUGCCCUGAAAAUCUCAGUAGUUACUGUAUCCAUGGAAAAUGUGAAUUCAUUUAUUCUACUCAGGCUUCUUGUAGAUGUGAAUCUGGUUACACUGGACAGCACUGUGAAAAGACAGACUUUAGUAUUCUCUAUGUAGUGCCAAGUAGGCAAAAGCUCACUCAGGUUCUUACUGCAGCAAUUAUUGGAGCUGUACAGAUUGCCAUUAUAGUAGCAGUUGUCGUGUGCAUAACAAGAAAAUGCCCUAAAAACAAUAGAGGACGACAGCAGCAAAACCUAGGCCAUUUUACUUCAGAUACAUAUUUCCAGAUGGUUUAAACUGAUGACUUUUAUAUGUAUACUGACCAUGUGAUAUACAUUUAUUAUGUCAUUUUUUUAAAGAAUGGAAAUAUUUAUUUCAGAGGCCUUCUUUUUGGACAUUUUCAGUGUAGUACUGUUGGCUCAUAUUUAGAAUAUUCAGCUACAACAGUUUUGGACUGUUUAGUAGUCUUUGUUUUAUGUUUUUAAAUACAGAAAUUGAUUUCACAGAUUUGUACUACAUGGUAAUUCUAAGACUUGUUCUUUACCCAUGGAAUGUAAUAUUUUUGCAAAGACGGACCACUUCCAAAUGGUUAUAAAGUCAUACCCACUUCUUCCACAAUGACCACAGCAAAUGACCAAGCUUGAACUGAAGACCUUUCCUCUGUGUUUUCUGAAACCCCUCUUCAGUGACUAUAAUAUAUACAAGUCUUCAACCUCUUUACUAUAUAUGUGUAGUAUACAACUGCUAGAGGUUAAGUAAAAUCACUGGCUCUCUUCUGAAAGUAUCAUUUACCCUGGAGCCUUCUCAAGAGGAGACUGUUUCUUCUACCUCCCAUGCCUGUGGGUCUAGAGAAGGUAAUGUCAAUUCAAAACCACUUCUCAGUAGCAUGUACCUAGUGUUCUGACACUUGGAGUAGAUCAUUUUCAACACCUCUUUCUCUAUAUGAUAAAAUUAUUUUCGGUAAUAAUCAUCACAUGAAGCAGAUGAUAAUAGCCAAAAAAGAAAAGCAGAAAAUUUUCUUUUAUUGAAAAAAAAAUACGUGUAUAUAUAUACUUUUUCUUUGGAACAGUUUCUGUGUGCCCAUCUUCAGGGAGCAAUUUUAAAGGUUUGUAUUUUACUGUACCUUGUUCAAGGCUGAUUGUAAAUAUUUUUGUAUCUGAAUAACCUUAUCUAAAACUACACCAGGAAAAAAAAAUAAUUCGGAGCUAAGAAAAAUUGCACAUUGCUAUCAUUGUUUAUCUUGAACCUGCUGUUUAAACACGGGAAUAUGUGGGAAUAUGUUAUACCAGACAGUCUGGGGACACAAACUGUGUCCAAAGGAAGCUUCGAAGAUUCCAAACCAUUUGAAAUUUAAUCAAAUUGGAAGUGUGUAGUUUAGUCCACUUCGUUGGGCUGACUGUACAGCUGGGAGUUCUUUGAAUUAACUUCCAUGUUGAUAUAAUAUUUAUUAGUGUAUGCAUAAUGAAAACAUCCUGAUUUGAAGAUUGCAUACAUAUAGAAAUCAAACAGUCAUUGCAGCAAUUGUUUAGAACUUAGACCAACAAAAGAUUUUUUUUCUGGGAGGAUUAUUUUAUCACUGCCAUUCGGCAUUAGAUUCAUUGUUUUUAACCCAUUUUAUUAUCAUUUUAAAAGUCUCUGCAGAUUUAUGCACCUCCUUAUAGACUGCCCCCAUCUUCCUGCCCUGGCUAGGCCACUGUCAUUACCCUAGUGGCUUCAUGCUUGUAGUUUCUCUCUUUUCAAUAUUCCUAAAUAUUCUUAUCCCAUCAUCCUUUCCUCUAACCCACUUACCUAUGGGGAAAAAAAUCAAACUGUUGGAAAGAUUGGAGCACUGUAAAUUCAAGUCAUCUAUUUCAGUUGGACUAAUACAUCCUAGAUAUCUGAUUCUCCUUGUACAUGACGGUCUUAAACCUUCUCUCUUUUUUUCCCCAUCCCCAGUUGUCCCUUUCCUUCUUGAUAAAUCAUCCCAUUUCUGACUUUAUAGAGAAAAUAAAAGCUACCAGAUGGGAAUACCUCAACCUUCCAUCGAAACACAUCAAAACCUUUUGUAAUCAUCUCCAUCAUCUUCAAAAUGCCCUCUCCUUUGUCGACCCUGACCCAGCCCUCUUGUCCUCCAGCUGCUUCCUCUGAAAGUGCGUCUGUAUAAUCAGCAAAUUCUCCUGUAUCUUCAGGCUCUUCUCAGGGAAUUCAGCCUAUCUCUUGCCCUAACUGAACUUGAAUUUUCCCUGAGGACCCCACGAAUACCCAUUUAGUAGCUAUUAAUUUUCUUAUGUGCUAGUAGGUAUUCAGAUUCAGGAGAUGAGAUUGGGGUUUUCUUCCUCUCGUUGGUUUUUCUAGAUUCUUACCUCUUCACCCUGUUGGCAAAGCAAACAUACGAAAACCUAUUCCUCUGAGACAUAUGCUCUUCAGCUUUACCACUCUUUCGGUCUCUCCGUUAUAACUCCAUUACUCAUCAUGUGUUUUGGCAACAGAGAAACAAGAAACAGGUAACAUAGGAAAGAGAAACAGUCUUUCUCUUUCUAUUCAAAAUCUUGCCGUUAUGGGUGACACUAACACACAAGUGGAUGAUUCAUUCAACACCCUAGCCUUUAAUUUUCUUGAUCUUUUGGCACCAGUGAUCUCUUGCAUCCCAUAGUUUUUAUCUACUCUCCUGGUUACUCUCUGAAUCAUGUCAUCAUUUCUUUCAGUCCACAUCCAGAAUCUGAUUCAAGCAUCCUGCUCUCUGAUGAUUACCUCAGCUCCUUCAGCUUGUGUGUUAGCCUCUUGUUCAUUGUUCUUCUUGGUGACCUUCAGACCUGGCUUUUUUAUCUAGUUUAGAUUAUAUGGCCCAUUAUUUUAGUAACACCUUUGUCUUGCCCCCGCCCCCCGUGACUUUUUGUCAUUCUUACAGCCCUGUUGUCCAUUUUCUCUGUACCUGCUGCACCCAAGCAGAUGUGUAGAGAGUCACGCAAUAGUAUCAUAAACUCAUGAUUAAUUACCAUUUCUGGGCUCUCAGUAGUGCUCAGCAGUUCUAUUACAUUUCUUUGUUGAAGUUGUUCUACCAUUUGAUCAAACUUUCAUUCAUUUGGGCAAAACAAAACAUUGAGUUCUUCAUGAUCCCUCUCUAUCCAUCACCCUUCACUUCCAAACCAUAACCAAAUCUUUAUGAUUUAUCUUCUAAAAGUCUUCCAAAUUAGUCUCCUUUUUUCCAUUUCUAAUAUCACCACGUUAGUCUAAGCAACUGUGAUCUCUCACCUAGAUUACUGCAACACGCUGGUCUCACCUUCUCUAAACCAUUCUCCACAGCAAUCAGCAUCUUUUUUUUCCAAAAUGCAUAUCGGUCAUUGUCAGGAAAGUUCAAGGAGGAAGGGUUAAUUAAAGAAGGAAUGUAUCAAAUGAAAAUCUAAGCAAGUUACACCUUUGUUUAAAGUCCUUUUAUGGUUUCUUAUUUCUCUUAGGAAAAAAAAUCAGACUGCGGUUUGACACGGUCUAGAGGGCCCUGCAUAGUCUACCUUCCUAUCCAGCUUUAGCUUCCUCUCUCGCCAGAACUCCCCUCAGACCAACUAUACUGUCCUUCUUUUAAUUCCAUGAAGCAGCGUGCUUACCCCUGCAGUGGUUCUUUACAUACGCUGCUUUCUUUAGUUGGAACAUUCCUUCCCUUAGCUCCUACUCAUCUCUUUUUAAAAAAAAAAAAAAAAAAUUUAUUUAUUUAUUUGUCUGCACUUGGUCUUAGUUGCGGCAUGUGGGCUCUUUUAGUUGCUGCACGCGGGAUCUAGUUCCCCGACCAGGGAUUGAACCCCGGGCCCCCUGCGUUGGGAGCACGGAGACUUAACCACUGGACCACCAGGGAAGUCCCCUACUCAUCUUUGAGGUCUCAGCUAAAAUGUCACUUUCUCUCAGAAGUCUUCCCUGACUCUCUCAGUCUUUUUGUCCACCUCUUUUCUGGAAUAGUGUUCCUUUCCUUCAGAGUACUUAAUUUAUAAAUUAUGUAUUUGUUGGUGCGAUUAUGUGAGCAAUGUCUGUCUGCUCCACUGGACUUUAAGCUCCAUUGUCUGUGUUUGCUCACCCUUGUAUCCCCACCACCUAGCACGAUACCUGGCACACAGUGUGAGUUCAGUGAAGAAUUGUUGAGUGAAUAAACUGUUUCCAUAGUGAUCAGUUUCUUUCAUCCUUCCUGGUAUAAUGGGAGACUUGGCCCACCUGCCAUCUAAGGCAAAUCCUUCUCCUGUGCUCUCACCACCUGUAGGAUGGAGACCCUGUUCCCUCUCACCUUCUCAGGGCAUCCCACUCUGCUUCACCGUGUUCCUGAGCUUUCUUCUCAUUGUGGCAAACUUCACAUCAUCUCCCUUUCCUCACCUCAUCACUCCUGAACUCAUACCAGUCUUCCUUCAUCUCCCACUGCUUCGUUUAAACUUGUGUUUACCAUAUUACCACAGCUACCUACCAAUGAAUUCAUGUAAUUACAUCCAGUAGACAUGUCUUCAUGUCUCCGUUGCUUCAACUGUCAGCAGCAUUUGACUACUGAUAUCUUCCUUCUUAAGUUAACACUUUCUCUGUGCUUUUCUGGUGAGACACUUGGUUUUCCUCAAAUCUUUCUGAGCAAUCCUUCUCAGGCCCCUUUUCAUUUCCCCAUCUCUUGUUGAUAUUCUUAAGGCUCUGAAACAACCCUCUUCUUUAUGAUUUUUUUAGGCCAUCUCCUUCACACCUGGGUUUCAGUUUCCCUUUAAGGUUUUGUAAUUCUUGAUAUUUUUACCCCAAAUUUCUCUAAACUUUAUGUAUAUUUUAUGUAAAAUAUAUUAUCUGUAUUAUAUACAUGUCAAGUAUAUACACCUGCUCCUCCUCAGCAUUCCCUAUCUCAGUUCAUAGACACCACUAUCUACCUAGUUACUCAAUCAGGAAACCGAAGGGUCAUCUUUGACCCCUCUGUCUUCACCACUGUCACAACUGUCUAUCACAGAGUGUAGCACUCUACCUACAAAUCAUAGCUCAAAUCUAUUCACAUAUGUUCCUCUCCACUACUGGAACCCUAAUCAAAACCAUCACCAUUCUGGUCUGAACCAUUGCAACAGCCUCCUAACCAGGUCUUGUUCCCGUUCAUUUACUGCACUGUGGCCAGAGUGGUCUUUAAGAAAUAUAAACCCCAAUUCUGUCACUCUCGUGCUUAAGAAAUCUCUAAUUAUCCUCCCAUUGUCCUUAAGGAUAUAGUCUAGAUGUCUUGUGGUUUACAGGACCCUGUGCAGUCUGGUCCCUGCUGACCUCUCCAACCCAGUCUUCUAGCACUGAGCACUCAUACUCUGUUCCUCACCCCACCCCCUAGCUGUCUAUUUUAAUGUCUCCUGUACUUUUAUCAAAUUAAGAUGACAGCCUCAUUUUAUGUGUUACUUAGGCCCAAAACUCUGACGUUAUCCUUGACUCCUCUGCUGCUCACACCUCAUAUAAGAUCUUUCAACAAAUCAUUUGGAUCUAUCUUCAAAAUACGAGAAUUCAGUUACUCCUCACCACUUUCACAGCUACCAUCCUGGUUUAUACCACCCUCUUUUCUUGGCUGGGUCUUUGCAGUAGCCUCUCCAUGUUUCCUUUCUUCCUCCCCUGCAGUUUGUUCUCUCAGAGAAGCCAAAGCAUCUGUGUCUCUCAUCUUUUCAGAACCCUCCAGAGCUUCCCCUCUGUCCUUACUCUGACCUACUAGACCUUGCGUGAUCUGGACCCAUUACCUUGUUGACUUUAUCUCCUCUUCCUUUUCCCUCACUCUGCUCCAGCCAUUUCUUAUCUUGUGUGCCUCUGGCCUGCCUUACAGUUUUACUGCAUCCUCAUCAACUUGGAAUGAAUUAUAGAUAAAGCUUUAGUGUUAUUAUACAGCUCAGCAGAAAAAUGUGAGUUUUUCUUUUUUUAGUCAUGACAAAGUAAAACAUAGUAGUCUCUUUUACUCUGCCAGGUGGAAGGAAAG